CUAGUUACAUGUGUUUAAAACUUGUGAUGUUAUCCAUAUUUUUGUGUUCUUCAAUAAAACUACACUUACAAGAUUAUAAUUAAUUGUUGCCGCGAGUGUUAUGACGUUUAACGCUAAUUUUGACUGAGUUUCUAUCGAUUGUUAUAAGUAGGUCGUCAUAAUCGUAAAUCUUGUCGAUCCUGCCUCAUCAUAACCAAUGACGUGGAGAUAGGUUAGGUUUUCCUAAGUUUGUGGCUGGCGUGGUCAUAUUCCACGCCGCAUGAUAAUUAAAACUCUUAUUUCGUGCGACAAAUGCUCUUGUAAAUAUGUUCGAAAUAACAGAUACGCAAAAAAUCGGAGUUGGGCUGGCUGGCUUUGGGAUAUCUUUUCUCUUUCUCGGAGUAUUACUGUUCUUUGACAAAGGUCUUCUAGCAAUUGGCAACCUCCUGUUUAUCUCGGGCCUGGGAUGUGUUAUUGGACCUAGGAGGACAUUAAGCUUUUUCUUCCAGAGGCACAAAUUAAAAGGAAGUGCUUCAUUUUUAGGAGGUGUAAUUAUUGUUAUAUUGGGCUGGCCUCUGGUCGGCAUGAUCGUCGAAACCUAUGGCUUCGUUAUUUUGUUUAGUGGAUUCUUACCAGUGGCGAUAAACUUUUUACGGAGAGUACCAAUCUUAGGAACAUUUUUGAACAUGCCAGGCAUCAGUCGAAUUAUGGACAUGCUUGCAGGAGAUUCAAAUAGGACAACAGUAUGACCUCCUUUUUAACUCAUAAUUACUGCGUCAUUCUUCAAUCGUUGUACAUACCGAUCACACUCUUGUGUUCAUUCAUCUCAUAUUUCUUUUAUAAUGAUUCAUUCCUCAUAUCUCAUCUUUUCCCUGUUACAUCAUUCCUUACGUUACAACAUAUUCUUUUAACACAUUAGAUCAAGUGUGUACACUAAAGACAUUCAUGCUAUUGCUCCAAUGUAAUUACAGAUCAAUGUUUCCCUUGCAUUAGUUUUAUAUUAUGUGCCAAGUUAUUAUAAUAACUUAUGACUAAGGUUACGCGUGUACAUUUUUUUGGGGGGUAGAUAGUAAUCAGGAAAUAAUUGAAUAUGCAUUUUAUGAUUUUCGUUAUUUUUUUAUGUAUGGUGUGUGAAUAGUUUUUUGCGAGUUUCAUCUUUUUCGGAGGGUAAAUAUUUCAAGGGAAACAUGAUGAAGAUGGGGAGUGAAAUAAUUUCUGUGUAAAAGAAAUACGUAAAAUAAGAUAUUCAAAUAGAGAAAUUAUUUGUACGAUCUAUUAAUGUAAAUUGUUAGUUUUUGCAUUAAAAUACUAUGUUUAUUAUUAGAAUA